CAGUGCCGUCUGCCCGUGUGGCCGCGCAAUAGUCGAUCCACGGUUUCACCCGCGCCGUUGGAUGAUGCUGCCCGAGGGGCACGGGCUCCAUCCCCGUGAAGACGGCAAGAAACGUUUCUUCAACCUGUCAAGUGGAGUUUUUGUCCGCCCUCGGCUCCCUCUUCUCAGAGACCACAUCGUCCUCUGCUCAGCAGAUGGCCUGCUCCUCCUCGUGCGGCCGCGGCAAUACACCCAGGGCAAUCGGCUGUGCCUCCUCCACCCCUUCACCGGUGACGUUGUGGAGCUCCCGGAAAACCUACCUCUGCCGGCGGACAUAACUCUCCCAGCAAACUUGCGAGCACACUUACCAAUCAAUAUGUUUGCCGCUGUGUGCACGAGUCCGGAUGGAGUCCUCGGGGUCAUGGUCGCGUUUCAGAAUACACCCUUCGUACUCUUUGCUAGUACAAGACGUGGGGUGGAGUUUAUCUGCCUUACACUUCUACCCACAUGCAAGCCCAUUAUCAUUCAAAGGAAAACUUUACAUGUUGCAGGAGCAGAUAUCUGUGGUUGGCUGGGAACUAAAUAUUCUUCAGUUCGACCCACCUUGGCAAGAGAAUUCAACGAUAUCAGGUUUAGCUUCGUCCUCUUUCUUGUCGCCAAGUUAGUUGCCACAUGUCCGGCGGAUAAGUUCCAAUCGCCCGAGCUUGUAGAAUGCGACUAUGAGAUCCUGGUGGUUGGCUAUAGAGAAGGUGGAGAGAUUCUCAUUUACAGAUUAGCAGAUCUUGCCCAAGGAAAGUUUGUCCCAGUAAAAAGCAUCGGUGGAAAUGCUCUUUUGAUUGAUACUAAAAGGAACCUGACUUUUAGUUUCUCAGCGGUGCCUAUCAUCACGGGUGAUAUCAUUGUGCUUGCGAAUCCUCCCCUUGCUAAAUAUAUUUUGCAAUAUGACCCCAGCAGCAAUACCUGGUCAUCAAGAGUUAGGGGAUGUGCAAAACAUGGUUGUAGCAUGGAGUGCUGUACUUGUAGCCUCAUUGACCAUAUGUGUAAUACAUGUCGCUGUGUUUCUAAGUGGAAUAAAGGUGGUGGAAUAAUCGAUCCGGCCAGGUGGAACAAUAAUCAUUUCAUUGCCAACAAUAUUGGAUGGCAUAUCUAGUCUAGGUGUAGCAUGGGUGGCAAUAUGCAUGGAGCAAG